UGAGGGUCCGUUCCGCCUGUCGGCCGCCGUGCGGAAGUCUAGGAAAUGGAGAGCAGUCCUUUCUUUGAGCUCGCUGUUGUUCCCCAGUGAAGAUAUCCGACAUUGGUUCAGCAAUUUCUGCUUUUCCGUUUUCUGAACCGCAAAAUUCGAACUUUUGUGUUCGCAUAUGCUGAGAAGGAAGAAAUUAAUUCGUGCUCGCUAUGUCGAAGCACGAAGAACAUUGACAGUCGAAGUUCGUUCAGUGUAUCUCAUGCAUGGUGUCGCCUUCUCUUUACCUUUUCUAGAUUCUACAGUCUCAUUCUGGGCUUUACUAGACAAAUUUUCGGGUUUAUGCGGCUAUACCGAUUGUCUUUCCCAUAAAACAGAUGAGAAAUUCUUAUUGAAGAUUCGGUACGGGUUGUCUUACAAUAUGUGAUCUUGUUUCUGGGUGCUCAUGCUUUGUCUCAUUUGAAAUUGUCGUAUUUUUAUCCUUCAUAAUGUUUAGUGCUUGAGAUGGGACCUUAAAUUCUGAUGCUUGCGGCUGCUUGUGGCUGAUGUAUGAUAAACUUUAUUCUGGGAAUAUGGGCUUUUGUUCUAACUUAUGUACUUCACUUUUAUAAUUGCGGUGUAGUUUUUUUGCAUAAUGAAUCUGCUUUUCUUCCCUAGUGAUUUAACUACUGGGCGUAUCUUUGCUUAAUGGUGCUGCAUUGAUUUCUAGAAGCUUCUUCUUUUGCUUGUGCAAUGAGGAAUAAAUGCUUUCCUGAGCACCAACUGGUGUUUUUUAGUGGCUAGAAUGUCUAGGAAAGUCCGGAAGGAACCUGGUCCUUGAAAUGACAUGUGCUUGAUGGCCAUUAAGAUAAUAGGUGUUAAGGCUCACUUCAAUUGGAUUAGAGACCUCAUAAUGAGUUUCUUUAAGUACAUCACUCGCUAGUAGGUUGCAUAUUAAGGGAACUUGAGAUAAGCAAUUGCGAUCAUAUAUUGAAAAUACAUGCUUUCUUUAAGAGGCAGAAGCUUCACCAACAACUGGCUCUCUUAAUAUGCAUCGACUUUUGGGUUCUUCGUCCAAUUUGACGGCUAAAAGUUUUAGCAACCCCAAAAUUUUUGCUGAAAGAAAGCCUACCUACUUCGAGUUCAAGCCUCAUUCAAGAUCAAACUUGGUUCCUGCAGAAAUGAAUGAUCAAAGAAGCGAACAAUCUGCACAGACCCUGGGUCAAUGCAAGUCUCAGUUCUUUGGACCUGUGUCUUUGACCAAGAGUGACUUACCAGUCUCCUCAAAUGACUUGACUCUUUCAAGUCCUGCUCAAGAAGUCGCUUCAGGAGCCGGUGGACCUACAGAUGUCGAAUCUAAUGACUUAAACAGGACAGAACAGACUGAUAGAGGAAUCCAAGCAGUACAAUCAGACCAUAAAGUGAGUGGACCAUCCAUCACCUCUGAGGGGUUGUCUGAUGAUGGAUAUAACUGGCGGAAAUAUGGGCAGAAACAUGUGAAAGGAAGUGAGUUUCCCCGUAGCUAUUACAAAUGUACUCAUCCUAACUGCGAGGUGAAAAAGCUGUUUGAACGAUCUCCUGAUGGUCGUAUUACUGAGAUUAUCUACAAGGGCACGCAUGAUCAUCCCAAACCUCCACCUGGCCGGCGUUUUGGGGCAUCUACUGGGGUGCCAAUCCAAGAAGAAAGAUUUGACAGAUUUUCAUCUGUAAAUGACUUGGAAAAGGCUACUAACUCAUCAGGGCAAACUUGUAAUGGUACUGAGCCAAAUGGCACUCCUGAUCUAUGUCCGGUCGCUGAAAUUAGGAAUUGUGUAGAAGGAGCAGAAAUGCAGCCAGACAGAGUCCAUGAUGAAGUUGAUGAUGAUGCUGAAGACGAUUCACUCUCAAAGAGAAGGAGAAUGGAGGCUGGUGGGGAAGAUUUCACUGCGGUGGUCAAGCCCAUCAGAGAACCACGAGUUGUUGUCCAAACAAUCAGUGAGGUCGAUAUACUUGAUGAUGGCUAUAGAUGGCGCAAGUAUGGGCAAAAAGUGGUCAGAGGAAAUCCUAAUCCAAGAAGUUACUAUAAGUGUACAAAUGCUGGGUGCCCUGUUAGGAAGCAUGUGGAGAGGGCAUCUCAUGAUCCCAAAUCCGUCAUCACAACGUAUGAAGGGAAACACAAUCACGAUGUCCCGGCCGCAAGAGCCAGUAGCCAUGACACAGCAGGGCCCUCCACUCUGAGCAGACCUUCAGCUAGCAGACCAGAAGGCGAUGCAAUCAGCCUUGACCUUGGGGUCGGUAGGAGCUCAGCCGCUGGGCAGCAGCAGAUCCUGUGCUCAGAACUUGUUGAGGGCCAAAUUCAACCGAACAGUUCCAACUUUAAGGUAGGUCAAUCGGCCCCACUUUCAGCAUUGCAUGGUUUUCUAAAUGGGAAUGUGAACCAUUAUGGAUCUAGAGAGAACUUGAGUGAGGACCAGACUAUUGAACUUCAAGUUCCUUCUCUUACCCGGGUCCAUAGAACUUGGGAAUAGCUCCAACAGUUAAUCUUAUUUGUUGUAUAAUGUUAAUAGUUUCUUUUUUAGCAGCAAUGAGGACAAGCUUAACUGUAUCUUGUGUCGAAAAUACAGAUGUAAUCUGACAAAAAUUAUGAUAUGCAGAAGAUGAUGCGUUACAGCCUAA